AAAAAUGACAAAUGUGAAUUAAAUAAAGCCUAGUAAAACAUAUAAAAAAGAAAAAUAUUGAAAAAAUGUUAAAAAUGAAUCAACUAUUUGCGAAUAAAAUAUCUUUUUCUAGUUGGAUUGACGAUGCCGUCUACGGAAAAGAAGAUCUUCCUUUCGGACGAGCCUUGGACUUCCAAAGGCGAAAGCAAUGGAUUGACAGCAUCGUCGAAGAACUCCAAGAUAAUCUCGAACUCUUUUUCUCCGUAAUGACCGGUAUCCAAAAUUUCCGUAGUAAACUAAAACAGAUUGAACCGCGGAAGGAAAUAGCCCAACUAGUGAGGCUGAACGCAGGCAAUCUGAUUGAUGGACUGAGGCUAAUGCACAAAGAUAUGAAGCUAUCUAAGAUCGAGUUUCCAGAGAAAUACGAUCACAUCCUACGAGAGGUUGAAAACCUUCGCCGCAAACUGCCGAUCGAAACGGAACUUCUUCUGCCCUACAAACGCAAACGGUUCCGGGACGAGAAGCUCCAGUGGAUCACGGCCAUCCUGGCGAACAAGGCCAGAAUUCGCCACCUGGAAAAGCGUAUGCAGUCGAUGCAGGCUGCGCUGGAUGAGGCGAAGCUGGAGAACUUUGCGUUGAACGAUCGAAGCCGACGGGAAAUACAGGAGAUCAUCGACGACUCGGAGAUGGAGCUUUCCGAUGUGAAGCACGCUGCGGACAGCGAGUUUGCGCACCUUCAGGAAGAAUCGUCAAGAAAAGUCCUGGAUCUGGACAUGAACAACGAGUAUCGUGACUUGGUGAACGAGCACAAUAGUAAACGUCGGAAGAUUACAAAACUGACCGUGCAGUUGCAGCUGUGGAUAAAGAAGUACGACAAGUUUGUAGGAGAGCCAAUGAAGGAGAUGAAGACACUGGAGGACGAUGUCGAUAGGUUCAUGGAAUGGAAGGAGACUGUCUAUGAGCCUCAGGUGGAGAAAUACCGCCAGCUGAAGGUUAGCGUGGAGCUGUUCGAGUCCGCGUUGAUGGAAGAGCAGGCGAAACAGUUUAGCAAGGAGCAUGCGGCACGCGUUAUACAGAGGGCAUGGAGGGCAGCUCGAGAGCUAAGGAAAAGUAAGAAGAAACCGAAAAAGAAGGGAAAGAAAGGUCUGAAAGGGAAGAGCAAGAAGAAUAAAUGAAUAGCGAAUGUUGAAUUUUGUGCGCUUGAAACAAUCAAAACACUGUAGAAUGAGGCUUAGAAUAAUAAAGAAGGCAAUACCUGUGACGCAAAGCCA